AUGACGGCCGCACCCCCGGUGCCUCACUCCGUGCCCGACGGUGUCAAUGGCGGCCACUUGCGCUAUCAUCCCAUCGCCAUGAAUCCCAAUCCGCCUCAUCCACAAAUGCCACCUCCAGACCAGAUGGUACAAAAUCACCACUUCCGUUAUUUCCGUCCACCACAGGCGAUGCACGAUGGGCAUGGCCCUCAAGGUCCGCCGGGACCCCCACCAGUACCGCAACACAACCCUACUUCUCUGGAACAGAUUGAAAAUCGUCUGCGGCAGUUGGAACACGAGGAAAUGAAUCGGAUGGCAACACGCAGCCAUAUUCUCGCAGCUCGCAAACGGGAGGAUGAGGAAUUUCGCAGGUUAACUGAAGGUGCCGAGGCUGAGGAAGAGGAUCUUCGAAGAGAGAGAAAGAGGAUUAAGAGAGAAUCGAUGGGAUUAGGGCCUAAUGCAGCCGGUGAAUCGCCGCCAUUGCGUCCAACACCACCACGCCGUCUCUCCGAGACCAGCGCGGCCACGACUUUGGCCUUUUUCAAGCAGCAAAGUCCCCCCCGAGCCUCGCCAGGUCCCUCUCCCUCCAUCUGCAUCGCAGACGCCAAUGCUCUCAACGGCGCCGGAUCCAUCCGCCGCAAGCAAAAAUACACCAUCAAGAACGUCGAAGCAUGGGGCGAGCGUCACGGUCGACCCGCCGCACACGAUCCCUCCGGCCGUGCCCUGUGGAAACGGCCAUCUGACGGCAGUUUAGUCUAUCUAACGUGCCCAAUUGAUGGGUGUGGAAAGAGUGACUUCGUUACACUCCACGGCUUCAUGUGCCACUUGACGAAGAAGCACAAAGACCGUACUCUGGGCAGCCAGUCGCGAGCCCUAGAACUCUGCGGCAUGGUUUAUGACCCCAACGCGCCUCUCCCACCAGUGACAGCCUCGAACCGGGGCUCAAUGGAGGAUAGUCCCGCUGCCAUGGAUCGUGAUAUGGACCCCGAGGACGCGGAUCUGGAAUCCGAGUCCGAGAUGGACGAAUCUCACGAUGAGUAUCGUGUUAAGACGGAAGCCACAGAUCACUCCAUGCGCGACUCGGAGGAUCCAUCUGGACGUGAAGAACCUUCUCCACUUCCUAAACACAUUCUCAAUGGCUCAACAAAGCAAUCUAUUCAUUCGAUCAUCGACCGUACUCCUGAUACCGAGCCCCGCGAGGCGCUCGCUUCCCUGCCUCCCUCAGAACCGACCUCACAAGGCCCUACGCCUCUUCCUGAAUCGACUGUCCCUGCGAAGCGCAAAUACGAGCUGUCCCCACCUGCAUCGGAGAAGGAAAAUACCGAGCCCAAGGAAGGAUCAACAGUCGAGUAA